UAGAGGCUAGAGAGCCGGGUUUUGGUGGCAAUAGUGUACGGUUUGUGAAAGUAACUUUUCAAGAUUUUACAUAGUUUAGAUGUGAAGAGAUAAACUGGAAGGCUUUAUUGUACUAAUUGCGUUGCUGUGAACAGUAAUGCUCAAAUCCAUCGAGGACAUAGGUUAAUAUGUUGGAACAAAGAAACAUCACUUCAAACGAUAUACUGAUUACAGAAACGACAAGGAACAACACUUGUAUGCCUUGAUGAAUGUUGAUCGUAUCUGCCGAACACCAGGAUGCCGUGUUAAAGAAAUGAAAGCAGAAACAUUUAAGCUGGGGAGGUUAAGGUAGUACAUGUAUGCAUAUCACACAAAAGACAAUUAUGAAAUGAAAAAACCAAUUUUUUUUUUGUGAGAUGUCAAAGCUUUACAUGCAUCUUUCAAAUGAAAAAUAAAUUAUGGAUAUUUUUCCUAAUUCUAAAUUCAAGAACUCCAUCAACUUAUCACAGUCAAAUUUAAACUCAAAUCUGAACUAUUAUUGUAUUGUUUAUUAGUCAACAGCUGUACAGCUCAUAGACAUAUACAAUUAAUAUACACAUGGUAUAAUACAUAUACUGGUCACUUGAAAAAAGGCAAGUUUAUACAUUGGACGUAUCUUCUUUGACAUAAUAAAUUCUUUAAAAAAAUCUGCAAUAUUGCACUUCUAAAAGUACAAGCAAGCAAAACAGGUUAUAUAAUCAAUAAAGCUUAAUAUACAAAGUCGAUGAACUAAUGAAUCAACCCACACAGAGUCUAGAUGAUUCAGGUGCAUGCCGAUGUAACCUGAUUCUUUUAUAACUUUCAAUAUAUCAUCAGAGCAUUGCAUCCUGCUGCUGCAUGCAUCAUGCACGUGCAUUUUAUGCCAUUUUUUGCAAAAAUGGACGAAGACCAUAUUAUCACACAAUCACUCACUGUCUUCUUUCACUGAUGAAUGAAUUUGUUUUUGUUGAUGAUUUAUUAGAAUAGGGGCACCAGCCUUUUAGUCAUUGGAUUCCACCUUUAUAUGAGAAGUACUUGUUGCCAAAUUAAAUUUUUAAAAAAAAUCUUUUUUGAACAUUCUAAUAAUAAAUUAGUGAUCUAAAUUUAAAAGAGUUUUAAUUGCAAAAAUUGUCCCAAUAAUUGCAGUAUUAAAAUUCUGCACAAAGAUAUUUUGUAUAAUAUCCCUUCAGUCAUCCUAUUUUUCUAUUUCCUUAAUACAUAAUCUUCAAAGUAAAAAAAUGACAAAUUUUCUAACAUAUAGUCAAAUAUCCCAAUGGUAGCCUCUCUGCUCAGCAUCCAGAAAACGUUUAGGCAUCAGCACUCGGCGCUUUGCACACGCUGUUGGCAUGGUUGGUGUUUAUCUUGAAUAGAUGGUCAAUGAUCAAGUGCUUCGCUAGUGCGGAAAAAUGCUUGAAUUUAUAUUUAGCUUUGCGCUGACCUAAAACAAAAAAAGAGGUAGACAUGUUCUAAGAAGUGGUUUCCUACUGUCACACUCGAGUAGAUAUGCUGCCUCGGGCAACAAGACGUACAUACGAACCAGAGCAAGGAAGGUAAAAUGGCGACGUGAAAAGUGUAGCAAAAUCAGGUCGAUUUUCCAUGUGAUUUUGUGAAAUAAAAUAACAUUUUUAAUCAUUGUUUCUCUCAAUUACCACUUUAUCGUUGUGGAUCUAUCAACAGAUAUUUCAAAGAAUAUCAGUUUCUUGUUUAAUCCUUAUGAAUCAGACACUCGGAGCAUUAGAUACCGGUACCUAAAAUUUUCAUUGGUAUACUGAAAAAGGAUAUGAAUGAAGGAUAAAGCGAAUUUAAAAUCUAUGACCAAGUCAUCAAACAAGAUGGUAGAGGGACUGGAGAACCAGAAUGGCUACUCUUGCUUAUCUCUCAAAGUCCUUGGUCACUCUACUUGCAAACUGCUUUCUAAUCAUCUGGAUAUUCCUGCUGACAUUGUGACAGAAAAUGGCCUCACCCCAGAUGUGUUUGGACUAGCCGAGCUGGCUGGAUUUGACUCCAGCUACGUGAGGCGUUUAGCGUCUAAACCCGAAAAGACAAUUGCAUUGUUAGAUGCAUGGUCCAGAAAACCUGACGGUACAAUAGGGAAGCUGUUGACCGCCUUAGAUACACUUGGAAGGUUGGACUGUAAAACAGAUAUUACACCAAGUAUUGCAAGAGAUAUUAAAAACUGGUUACAGAGUGAUGCCAAGGAACCUAACCAACCAGGUGCAGACAUUCCGCGCGAGCAACCGCCGAAGUUGAAAAUCCCCCCAGCAACACCUAGCAACAAACAGCAGCAGGACUUUGUAUCAUCGCCAGUGUCUCCCACCAGGUCAACCGGAAGUGACCCCACAGACCACAACGAUGGGGCGCUAACCUUGGACGACCUUGACGGAAACCAAGCUUCCUAUGUUGCCUGCAUAUGUUGCUCUGAUGACGACAUAGAGAUUGCGCACACGAUCAUCGAAGCGUACCGAGAGGUUACGAACACUGUGCAGUUCUUCCUGCCCCAGGAGCAACUGUUAGGAGGAAAGUACGAAUACGAGUCACUAGCAGAAGUCAUAGAGGACAGGUGCGAUGGCCGACUUCUGGUGAUUAUGUCCAGAACCUAUGUUUCCAGUCCCGCCUGUAUAUUCUCUACACAAUUCGUCAAAUCCUUGGAUCCAGAUGCAAAGAGAAGGAAGAUUAUCCCCAUUAUCAAAGAUGAAGAUGCGACAUAUCCCAGAGUUCUGCGCGGCAUUAAUGCUAUAAAGCUCCAGCGCCUCAAGUUUAGUCUUCCAUUUUGGAAACUCUUGUCCGCCUCUUUGGACAUAAAGUACAUUCCUAAACACAGUCAGACCGACAGCUCUUUGUUGUCGCCAUCAAGUGCAGGUGCACCUAAGUCUUCAACCUCGUACACUUCCAGUUCAUCUUCACCCUCUUUGUCUUCAAGCAUUUCAUAUCCGUCGUCAUUCUCCGGCAAAUCUGUCCCAUCCAGAACCUUCUCGGUUGAAUCUCUUGAGAGUAUUAUUGAUAACGAAAACGUUUCUCGAGUGUACGGUCUCCAACAUCAGUCCUCCACGACAAGUACAAUUUCAAAUACUUCGUUGUCAUACCAUUGCCAGAAUGUUUCGUCGGCCUCACAUUCAUCAUUGAUGAAUGGUUCUAAGAAAGACCAGUCUUCCCAAAAAGAUGAUUGUACGGUACGUCUUCAUCACUCUAAGAGCGACCAGGGCAUGUCUGGAAUGCUACGUUCUUCUGAGAGUUCGUGUUCUAGCUGCAAUCCGGGAACAGUGAAAAAAUCCGGCAGAAAAUUUAUGUCAAAACUCAUGAAAACGUUCGGGUUAAGAAGUAAAAGUUCCAAGUCCCUUGUGGAAGAUCCCAUGAGAUCCUCCAAUGCACCUUCACCCAUACGAUCCAAUUCCGAACCAGCAGAAACUUUACAGAGAGCUUUCAAAUCGUGCGAUGAUAUAUUCAAUGAUCAAAGAAGAGAUAAGACAAAACUACAUUUUGUUCAAAAUAUUGUGACAUCUUUGAAAACUGGCCUUUCUGGAUCCAGGGAACUCACAGAAAGUGGUCAAAAUUCGUCAACAGAAUCCAGAAGUGAGAGUCUGAUAUCCCCAGUUUCUUCAGCUGGUGACAUUCAAUCGAGUCCUGUCGUUGAGCUUCCAUUGAAUAUCCGUAUGAACACAUUCAACAUCAUUCAAAGGGAAUAUUCUGUAGAUGGCAACACGGAGUCGGCCAUCCUGCGAUCAUCCGGGUACUCCGACACAAACACAGAGUCGGCCAUCUUGAGAGGAGCAGGGUCGACAGAAAGUAUUGACGACAACAAUGCGCAGUUUACUCUCUGUUGAUGUGUCGUAGAUAAAGUCCCGCCAUGUAUCUGUAAUGCUCUGGCACUACUCUUGGUAAACGCAAUUGUACAUAUUCAAUGUAAAUGUCAGAUUUAAAGAAAGAUAACCGGCAUGUUUAAUUAUUUGUAUCCCCAAAUGUAUGAAAUAAAAGGAUGAAAAAUGAAAAUAUGAAUAAAAUCUUUAACAAAAAGAGUAAUUAAAUCUCUCUCUCUCUCUCUCUCUCUCUCUCUCUCUCUCUCUCUCUCUGGGUAAGGCAUUUUAUAAAUGAAAACAUUUUUAUAUACGUAAUAGAAGUAUCUUACGGCCGACGAUUGAUGUAGUAUUAGUUAUAAGUCAAUCGAGAUCUUUGUUACAUGUAUGACAGAAAUGUUCAUGUAUUUGAAUGUUUUGCUCCUGUAUGUAGUAUUUGUAGUAAAUAAAAGCUAACAGUUGU